CGUAUCAUGUUGAAGAUGAGCGGGUGGCAGCGACAGAGCCAAAAUCAGAGCUGGAACCUGAGGAGAGAGUGUUCAAGAAGGAAGUGUAUCUUCAUACAUCACCACACCUGAAAGCAGAUGUGCUUUUCCAGACUGAUCCAACUGCAGAGAUGGCAGCUGAGUCAUUGCCUUUCUCCUUCGGGACACUGUCCAGCUGGGAGCUGGAAGCCUGGUAUGAGGACCUGCAAGAGGUCCUGUCUUCAGAUGAAAAUGGGGGUACCUAUGUUUCACCUCCUGGAAAUGAAGAGGUAAGAAUGUUAGCCCUAAAGCUAAAGGGGGAUGUUACCUUUCCCUUCUCAACUAAUAUCUAUGUUCCCUUUCCUCAUUUCCUUGAAGGAAGGAUCAAAAAUCUUCACCACUCUUGACCCUGCUUCUCUGGCUUGGCUGACUGAGGAGGAGCCAGAACCAGCAGAGGUCACAAGCACCUCCCAGAGCCCUCACUCUCCAGAUUCCAGUCAGAGCUCCCUGGCUCAGGAGGAAGAGGAGGAAGACCAAGGGAGAACCAGGAAACGGAAACAGAGUGGCCAUUCCCCAGCCCGGGCUGGAAAGCAGCGCAUGAAGGAGAAAGAACAGGAGAAUGAAAGGAAAGUGGCACAGCUAGCUGAAGAGAAUGAACGGCUCAAGCAGGAAAUCGAGCGCCUGACCAGGGAAGUAGAGGCGACUCGCCGAGCUCUGAUCGACCGAAUGGUGAAUCUGCACCAAGCAUGAACAAUUGGGAGCAUCAGUCCCCCACUCGGGCCACACUACCCACCUUUCCCAGAAGUGGCUACUGACCACCCUCUCACUAGUGCCAAUGAUGUGACCCUCAAUCCCACAUACGCAGGGGGAAGGCUUGGAGUAGACAAAAGGAAAGGGUCUCAGCUUGUAUAUAGAGAUUGUACAUUUAUUUAUGACUGUCCCUAUCUAUUAAAGUGACUUUCUAUGA